GCAAACAUCAAGGCUGCUGCAGCUCGAGCCCCUCGCGGAAACCAACUCACGAGCACGACUCAACGAUCGACCAAUAAUCGCCACCACAACUCCACCUCAGCCAUUGCACGCUUCAGACCCCUCGAAUUAUCAUGCGUCGAUAGCAGAGAAUCUACGUGAAAUAGCAGAGAUGGCCAGCCAUCGAGGACGGAGCUCUUCGCCCCAGCGCCCGCCUCAACAUCUGGCGUAUUCAGAAGACGAGCCGAUCAUCAAUACACGACAAAUCGAAGCCUUCGGCCGCACCGUCCACGCGACCGCCGCGCACAUCAUCAACGCCAACUUUCCCCAAAAUGAAAGCCUCUCCGCCCCCUACAACACCGCCAUCAGCUCGGUGCACAAGUCCCUGCGCCGCCCGAUGAUCCAGCGCUCCGUCUUCUCCUUCGCCAAAGCGAAUCCGCGCGAGCUCAUCCGAUCGAAUUUCAACACGAGCGAAAUCGAGCACCGCGCCAUCUCGCAUCUGCCUGACGAGCUGCUGCGCAACAUCCCGCAGACGCAGAGCCGCUUCAGUCUACUGGAGGGCUUCAAGGCGAGCUUGCCGGAUGAGGAGACGUUCGCGGAGAAGGUGGCGAGGAAGCGGCGGAGUAAACAUGGACGUAAGAUGCUGGAGGCUGGGGAGAAGGGGCCGCCGCAGUUGGUUACGUUGAGGAGGGAUAGAGACCAGCUGAAUCAUCGGCUUGAGAUGAUGGGCAUUCGGAAGAAUAUGUGCGCCAGUGAGAUCAAGGAGAUUGAUGACAAGAUCUCGAAUCUCAAUACUAUGCGAAAGGUGAUCUUGGAUCGGCUUGCGGACUUGGAGCAAGAAGAGCACGAUUUGGAGGGGGAGAUUGCGGACGUGGUGGAGAAGAUUGACGUUGUGCAAGAAGAGAUGGAUGAUGAAGUGGCCAUGGCGACAAAGAGUCCCACUUUUGGUGCGCCUCGCGAAGAGGAGGAGGAAGAGGAGAUUCCGGUUGAGGAAGUUGAGGAGGAGACUACCGGGUUCAUGUCCGAGUCGAUCUACGAGAAGCUGCCCAGCAUGAGCAAGUCGGCAACACCUUCGCCGACGAAAGCUCGACGAAGGAAGAUGCCGAGACGGAUAUCGAUGCCGGUUCUGCACGAACACAUGGAGCCUGGGUCGCGGAUACGGGAGAUACAAGCUCAUAACGAUCUCAUCACAGCCCUGGACUUUGACGCGCCGUUUGGAACGAUGGUCACGGCCGCUAUGGACGAUACCGUACGUGUUUGGGAUUUGAAUGCUGGACGCUGUAUGGGCUUCUUGGAGGGCCAUCUGUCGAGCGUGCGGUGCUUGCAAGUCGAGGACAACAUCGUGGCAACCGGCUCCAUGGACGCAAGCAUCCGGCUUUGGGACCUGAGUCAGGCAGACUACAGCCCACAGGCGAAUCCCAGCUCGAGCAUACACGCCAAAGCACCGAACGAGAACGAUGACGGCGAAACGGAAGGCGAAUCGGCGCCCAUGGGCGAAGACCUCUUCAGCUCCAGCAAAUCCGACGACGAAAACGAGAAUCUCCAGACUCCGCCGGAGCCAGAAGUUCAUGGCAACGCAAUGGCAGACUGUCCACUGUUCACACUUCAGGCCCACGUGGCGGAAAUCACCGCGUUGCACUUCCGAGGAUCAACGCUAGUUUCGGGUUCAGCUGACAAGACACUGCGACAAUGGGAUCUUGAGCGUGGGCGAUGCGUGCAAACCCUUGACGUCCUGUGGGCAGCGGCUCAAGCAUCAAGCAUCAACCCAGCCAGCAACGCCCCGGCUAGUGAUGGAGCGGCCGGCGGAGGAGAAGGCAACUGGUGGCGGCCAACGGGCGGUCGCUUACCAGCUGCUGAAUCGGACUUUGUUGGAGCGCUGCAAGUCUUUGAUGCCGCGCUCGCAUGCGGCACGGCAGAUGGGAUGGUGCGACUCUGGGAUCUGAGGUCUGGAAUGGUGCAUCGAAGCCUUGUGGGCCACACCGGACCUAUCACCGCGCUCCAAUUCGACGACGUAUUCUUGGUGACUGCGAGUAAAGACAGGAGUAUUCGUAUAUGGGAUCUGCGCACGGGCACCAUUCACGACGCCUUCGCCUACGACAAUCCCAUUUCGUCGAUGAUGUUCGAUGCGCGACGCAUCGUUGCGGCGGCGGGAGAGGAUGUGGUGAAAGUGUACGAUAAGACGGAGGGCGUGCACUGGGACUGCGGCGCGGGAGCUGGACUGCCCGAAGGCGAGAAGGCUGGGAUUGUCGAUAGAGUGCGGAUAAAGGAUGGAUAUAUGGUGGAGGGUCGGAGGGAUGGCAUUGUAGGCGUGUGGUCCUGUUGAUCAGGACUGACGCUACAUAUAUGAGGAACUACGGAGGAUCUCGAUAGAGUGAAGCGCAUACGAAGUCAAGUCUG